UUCGAAGGGUUUUAUUUUUGGACUCAUUUGUUGUUUUCUACCACAUUUUUGACUAAAACUCUCGCUUUUUGAAACAGUUAAUUACGCGGGUUCCUUCCUAGUCGGCCAAACAGAGAAUUUUCCAACCAAAACCCUAGCAAGCAUUCUGCCUUCCACAUACAGAAAGAAACCCUUUUGACUUGGACAUCUCAAUAAUUCACAUUUCUCAGUCCUACUAAAUCAUACUCUUAUUUGUUUCUUUCUUUUUUUGCUUUUUCUCGGUUUAAAUUUUGAAAAAAAUCAAAAGAAAUAAUUAAAAAUGGCUAUGGCUGGGCUGUAUAGGCGAAUCCUUCCUUCUCCCCCUGCAGUCGAAUUUGCCUCUUUACAAGGAAAGCAACUUUUUCUCGAAGCCAUUCAUAAUGGAACUAUGGAAAACUUCUAUAGGUUAAUUUCUUAUUUUCAGACACAAUCGGAGCCGGCUUAUUGUGGAUUGGCGAGCCUCUCCAUGGUCUUGAAUGCCCUUGCUAUUGAUCCUGGAAGGAAAUGGAAAGGACCCUGGAGAUGGUUUGAUGAAUCUAUGUUAGACUGCUGCGAACCUUUGGAGACAGUCAAAGCUAGAGGCAUCUCAUUUGGGAAGCUUGUAUGCUUGGCUCACUGUGCUGGAGCAAAAGUUGAAGCCUUCCGCACAAAUCAUAGCACCAUUGAUGAGUUUCGUAAAUAUGUCAUGAGAUGUUCUAGUUCUGAUGAUUGUCAUGUGAUCUCAUCAUAUGAUAGAUCAGUUCUCAAACAGACGGGUACUGGUCAUUUUUCACCUAUUGGUGGCUAUCAUGCUGGAAAUGACAUGGCGCUUAUUUUGGAUGUUGCACGUUUUAAGUAUCCUCCUCAUUGGGUGCCCCUGAAAAUUCUUUGGGACGCCAUGAAUAAUGUUGACUUAUCUACUGGACAACGCAGAGGGUUCAUGCUUAUAUCUAGGCCUCACAUGGAGCCAGGACAACUUUAUACCCUGAGCUGUAAACAUGAGAGUUGGGUUGGUAUUGCUAAAUACUUAAUGGAUGAUGUUCCUCUUCUCUUAAAGUCAGAGGAGGUGAAAGACAUUCAGGAAGUCCUCUCUGCUAUUUUCAUGUCUCUCCCAUCCAAUUUUGGGCAGUUCAUCAAGUGGGUUGCAGAAGUUCGGAGACGAGAAGAUGGUGACCAAAGCUUAAGCCCAGAGGAAAAAGCUAGGCUUGCCCUCAAGGAGGAGGUACUGAGACAAGUGCAGGAAACUGGCCUUUUUAAACAUGUGGCAGAAUUAUUAUCUUUAGCAAAUUCAUGCUGUAGAAACUUAAUUUCUGGUCAUGAAGAAAACUUGCCAAACAUUGCUGCGAGUGUUUGCUGCCAAGGGGCACAAAUUUUGUCUGGGAAGUCUGCCUCCUCAGAGAUAUACUGCUGUCAGGAAACAUGUGUGAAAUGCUUGAAGGCUAAUGGUGAGAAGCCAGUCACAGUGGUGAGUGGGACAGUGGUAAACGGUGAAACUGAGGAGUGGAUGGACAUGCUAGUUCCUUCAUCCCGAAAAAAUUCAGGUUGCUCUUGUGGAGGCUCAAUAAAUCACAUUGGCAUGCACCCAGCUAGCAAUGAUGUUCUAACAGCACUUCUACUAUCCCUACCUCCGGAGACAUGGUCUGGGAUUAAGGAGGAGAAGCUUUUGAAAGAAAUAAAUAACCUUGUUUCCACUAAUAAUCUUCCUACUUUGCUUCAAGAAGAGGUUUUGCACCUACGGCGUCAGCUCCAACUUCUCAAGAAAUGCCAAGAGGAUAGGGUAGAUGAGGAUCUUGGCGCUCCUUUUCCUUAGAAUUCUUUACUAACUCGUUUUGCAAUUCCCGUUUCGGAUGUACUUAUUAAUUUGUUACAGAAAGAGAAGGCAUUGUGGAGGGGCUAUAUUGUAUAGUUGAAUACUUCAUGAUGAUGCAGAAGAGUCAUGGUGAAGAGACGAUUGUUUCCCCUUGAUAAAGCUGCUGACCGGGUCAUGUGCGAACUUAAAUACUGAUGUUAGGACACAUACAAUGUUAAUUUUUUACAGACGAAAUUCUUGAUCAUUACAAUUUACAUCUAUCUGUAUGUAUUUUUGACUUUGUUGUAGAGAGUUUUUAUCAAAAUUCAAACCAUGAAUUAUUUAUUUAUUA